AUGGGGCUAAAAAAAGUCAAAAGUGCGGCCAAAAAGGUCAAGGGAAUGCACUGGUAGGGCUAACAUUUUCUAUGGUACAGAAAAAAAUCCGUAGCGACGCCCCUGUGCACACUUAACAAAUAAUAGGUUUUUAGUACAAUAUACUUUUGCCCUAUGACUUUUAAAAUGAAUAAUUUCUUUCAUUUUGAUAGUUUUAAAUAUAUUUUGUUCAUUAAAACUUUUAGGUCCGAAAAACAGAUCUAGUCGUUCUACCUCUGACUCGGCUGAAGAUGCUGGUUCAGUUUACUUGACCACCGAAAUGAACAGAAACUCAAUAAAGUACAUGAAAAGUUCAAAAAAUCAGAAACCGAAUGGUCGGAGAUAAAGCGGUCUUGUGUCAAAACGUACAAUAAAUAUUUUUGUGUUUUAUUUUAAUGUUUAUAAACGUUUUGUUAUUUUAUUUGAAGAAAUAUAUUAAAGUUAAUUAAGGGUAUAGUAAUCAACUAGUACCUAUUUGUUUAUACUACUUAAAUCACGUUGAGAGUCACUUCUUAUGACCAAGUUCGUUAGUUCCCAAAAUAACAAAUAAAUUAUAUUAUCAUUGCGGCCGGUUGUUCCUUUUUAUUUUACGAAAUUGACAGCUGCUAUCAAACUCUAAUUCCAUGAAGAAUAUCUAGAUCACCUGCCUAAGUGGAGGGCACGUGUGUCCUGGAAAAGUUCUUUAAAGAACGUCAAAAACGUUUCGAGUAUUCGGUUACAAACAAUAUUGAACGUCCUCUUUGUUUAUUGUUCUACUAUUUUUGUUGAGUUUCUGAUACCAAAAACAACUCAAAAUAUUUUCAAUAUUUUAAAAUAAUUCUGUAACUUUUAGCAAUACUAAAAAAUUUUUUAAUUCUGCAGUCAAAUCAUCGGAUCUAUCCCGCCCACGUUGUAUAAUAAACAGUACAACCUUAUGAGCCGUCUGUUUCAGCCAGAUUAUUCUCCUCAGGUUCCCUGUUAUCGUCCGUCAUUUCGGUCCCUGUUCUCAGCAUCAACACCGUCAUAUGGAUCAAGUUCCUACUCCGGGGUAAAUAAGUCGACCAGAGCAUUACCUUAUACACGACCGUGGAAUGGGUUCAACUCCGUUGUCGCAAUACAUCCGUCACAGUUGAGAAAACGAACCUACAGACGAUACACGUUUGAUGAAAACGCGUUUAAAAAGCCUACGGAAGUUUUGAGGAUCAGGAGAGUUUCGAGCACGGCAUGGGAGACUCCAAAGUAAGACUUAUUUAGCAAGGGAUUUAUCUAGAGCGUUUAAUAAAUUAAAAAAUGUUCAGUGUAAGUUUUUCGACAUCAUUGUUCGUUUGUUAUUAUUUGAGUAUCAAUUAUUUAUCCAUUGCAGUAGCAAAGACAGUAACUGUCAGUUUGCAAAGGUUGUGAACAACGAUAACUUUUUCCGAGUCAAAAUCAACUUGGAUAUGUUUGAAAUGUUCGAAAAAGAGGAAAUUGAUGUAAGUUAUAUUAUUAAAGCAAGUAACUGCAAAAACAUAAAAUUAUACAAUCUAUGCUAGUUAAAUGUAAGUCUGAGACCACAAACUUUCGUCAUUUUCUAUAUUAAAUUGUAUUAUCUUUUCAGGUUAACGUAUACGGAUAUGAUAUUCAAAUAUACGGGGAAAAAGAAAACCCGGUUAACCCAAAUCGGCCACUACGAAUUUUAAAUCGACAAUAUCGGCUACCUGACGAUGUGGAUCUACAAACGGUGCAUUUGCAACGAAGAGAAUCCGAAAUCGAUGUGGACGCAAAAAAGGUAUAAUUUUUGCAAACAUUUUAUUUUUCGCCGAUUUGUAUUUCUAUAUUUUUAAACAAAACAAUUAGGUGAAAUACAAUUUUAAAUACAAAAUUUAAAAAAUAUAAACCUUUCUUUAAAAGUGUAAAAUACACAAUACAAAUAUUCUUAGAUUCCAAACGACUAUGGAGCAGCCAUCUCUCUCCGUGUAACAGAUGUAACAGCAGCUGGACAGAAGGUAGAACAACUUCAUGGAUUUUAA